UCGGUGAACGUGAAAUAAUCCAGAAAUUACUGCGAAUGGCUGAAAUAUUCCAAGUCGUAUUGAUUUUUACCAGUGAAAGUGGUGCAGAAAUCGUGUGACUUAAUUAAACAAAAAUUAAUUAUCAGUCCUUACUAUUUAACCACGCAUUUUUCAGCGAGGUUAAUUGACACAGGUGGUGGGAUAUUCAGUGAGCAUUGCGGAUGCCAAUCUUACACCAAAAUGGGGUGAUAUCAAUGUACUAUAUAAGCAGAAGUGUGAAUGUCGUCAAUGCUAGAGUUGACACGUCGUCGAACAGUUCGCAGCAACAAUGAAAAUCGCUGUUAUUGUCUGUGCAGUUCUCCUGGUUGCGGGAGCACAAGGUUCUUUCGUCAGCGAAUCUGUGACGGCGAUUCAACAGCGAAUCGAAGCUGGAAUCGACGCUGGUCUUAAACAACUUGAAGAGACCCUGCAAAAUGCUCAGAAGAAGGCAAAGGAAGUUGGUGAAGAGUUGAAGGAGAAGGCUGAGGCGAUUGCCCAGCAGACAUACGAACAAAUCCGUGAGAAACUCAGACAGAUCGACGAGAGAAUCGUUAACAUCACCACCAUUGCCGCUGGAGUCAACGUAGACGAGUGCAUUCAAGUCGGCGAGACCCUGGAGCCCAUCGUUCUGGCUGCAAUCACCAACAUGAGCUCAUGUAUUGACGAUAAAAUUGAAUUAGGAAGUGGAUACAUCGAGAGCAUCAUCCUCGUUUCCAAUGAUGCCAUCCAGAACCUCAAGAGUCUCCGAGACGAAGCUAGAAAUUGUUCCAACGGUGUCGAGGGAAUCGGGGGUGCUGUUAAAGCUGUUCUCUGCGCCAAUGUUGCGGCAGCUAAAGCAACAUGGGCGACAGCCAAGGGUGUCCCAUCAGUUACAGCGACAGUCACCAAACUCUCAUAUCUCUUGAGUACGCUCCACAUAACUCUUCCCCACUGUACCGCCCACCGUGGAUUUAUUUCUUUGGUACGUGAGUCUGACCGAGUUGUAGCCGAAGUGCGAAGCUGCGUAGACCGUAAAAUAGCCGAACACCAGCAGUCUCUCUCUCCCUCAUCAUCUCCACAACCAGAACAAAGCCAUCAAGGCCUGAACGAGGUCUAGGGCGAAUUACAUCUAAUCAUCAUUUGUCGCUGAUUCCAAGUCGUUUCCGGAUGUUUCCGGGUAAUGCUCACUAUAGCUUCCACGACUCAUUCCAAUUUAAUAGAAAAACAGUAUUUGUUGAACAAUUAUGUUGAAUUUCUAUUAAACAGUUCAUAUAAUUUUUUGGUAAUUUCCGACCGAUUUGACUGAAAUGUUCGCUUCCAUUUUUUUUCUGAAAACCUCAAAGCAAUUGUUGAAAUAAACUCAUGCAAACACUGUGGACGGUAUACUUGA